AUGUUGACUGCCAGAAACUCUUGCAAGAACGCUGCCAAGCGUUUCGUGCGUUUGAACUCUACUGCCGCUCCAAACGGUCCAGUUAUCGGUAUUGAUUUGGGUACCACCAACUCUGCCGUUGCCGUUAUGGAAGGUAAGGUUCCAAAGAUUAUUGAGAACAGUGAAGGUGGCAGAACCACUCCAUCGAUUGUUGCUUUCACCAAGGAAGGCGAACGUUUGGUUGGUAUUCCAGCCAAGCGUCAAGCUGUUGUCAACCCAGAAAACACCUUGUUUGCCACCAAGAGAUUGAUUGGUAGAAGAUUCGAGGACAAGGAGGUGCAAAGAGACAUCAAGCAAGUGCCAUACAAGAUCGUCAAGCACGACAACGGUGACGCCUGGAUUGAGGCCAGAGGCCAAAAGUACUCCCCUCAACAGAUUGGUGGUUUCGUCUUGAACAAGAUGAAGGAGACUGCUGAGUCCUACAUGAACAAGCCAGUCAACAAUGCUGUUGUCACCUGUCCUGCUUACUUUAACGAUGCUCAAAGACAAGCCACCAAGGACGCUGGUAAGAUUGUUGGUUUGAACGUUUUGAGAGUUGUUAACGAGCCUACUGCCGCUGCCUUGGCUUACGGUUUGGAGAAGAACGACGGUGAGGUUGUUGCUGUUUUCGACUUGGGUGGAGGUACUUUCGAUAUCUCUGUUUUGGACAUUGGUGCCGGUGUCUUUGAGGUCAAGUCCACCAACGGUGACACUCACUUGGGUGGUGAGGACUUUGACAUUGCUAUUGUCAGAAACAUUGUUGAGACUUUCAAGAAGGAAUCUGGCAUUGACUUGGAGAACGACAGAAUGGCCAUCCAAAGAAUCAGAGAGGCUGCUGAGAAGGCCAAGAUUGAAUUGUCUUCCACUGUUUCUACCGAAAUCAACUUGCCUUUCAUCACUGCCGACGCUUCUGGUCCAAAGCACAUCAACCAAAAGAUCACCAGAGCUCAAUUCGAGGCCUUGGUUGAGCCAUUGAUCAAGAGAACUAUUGAGCCAUGUAAGAAGGCCAUGAAGGAUGCCGGUUUGAACACAUCCGACGUUUCCGAGGUCAUCUUGGUUGGUGGUAUGUCGAGAAUGCCAAAGGUUGUUGAGACCGUCAAGUCCAUUUUCGGCAAGGAACCAUCCAAGGCUGUCAACCCAGACGAAGCCGUUGCCAUGGGUGCUGCCAUUCAAGGUGGUAUUUUGGCUGGUGAAGUCAAGGAUGUCGUUCUUUUGGAUGUCACUCCAUUGUCUUUGGGUAUUGAAACCAUGGGCGGUGUUUUCGCUAGAUUGAUCUCUAGAAACACCACCAUCCCAGCCAAGAAGUCUCAGAUCUUCUCCACUGCCUCUGCCGGUCAAACCUCCGUGGAAAUCAGAGUCUUCCAAGGUGAGAGAGAGUUGACCAGAGACAACAAGUUGAUUGGUAACUUCACCUUGUCUGGUAUCCCACCAGCACCAAAGGGUGUUCCUCAAAUCGAGGUCACUUUCGACAUUGACACUGAUGGUAUCAUCAAGGUUUCUGCCCGUGACAAGGCCAGCAACAAGGAUGCUUCCAUCACUGUUGCCGGUUCUUCUGGUUUGUCUGAUGCCGAGAUCGAGAAGAUGGUUCAAGACGCCGAGAAGUUUGCCGAGUCUGACAAGGCCAAGAGAGAGGCCAUUGAGAAUGCCAACAGAGCCGACCAAUUGUGUAACGACACCGAGAACUCUUUGAACGAGUUCAAGGACAAGCUUGAGCAGGCUGACGCCGACAAGCUUAGAGGUCUUGUUGCCUCUUUGAGAGAGAUUGCUGUCAAGGCGCAGGCUGGCGAGGAAGUUGACGCUUCCGAGUUGCAAACCAAGACCGAGGAGUUGCAGAACGAGUCGUUGAAGGUGUUUGAGAAGUUGUACAAGAACAACGACAACAACGACAACAACUCCAACGAGUCGCAACAAAACUAG